GGGUUAAUUAAUGACCCGACCUCUUUAAACAGCCGGUGGAUGCACUCUGUAGGCUCUUCUUCCAAAAACCUUGAAUGGAUCAAGACUAGGGAUUAAAUAACGAGUGUAAAAGAUAAAAGAGUCCGUUACCAGCAGACACUGAGCUGCGCUGCUGCGCCUGUGAAGCCGCAAACCACCGCAGAAAUGUCCACAUGUGAGUUAGAAUCGCUGGAGAAGUCUCUGGAGGCCCACCUGCCAGAGGCCGAGCUCACAGAGGUGAAACGCAUUUUAUUCGGAAAGAACACAGAGAAGCUGGACCUCCCAGCAUGUGCUCUGGCUGCUGCCUCCGAGCGUGACUUUGAGCUGAAGGGUUACAGAUAUGAAGCUGCACAGGAACAACUGAGGCCGCCCAGAAGGAUCCGUGUAGGACUCAUUCAGCACCGCAUUGUUCUGCCCACUGAUGCCCCCGUCCUGGACCAGAUCAAUGCCAUGCAUAGUCGCAUUGGUGAAAUGGUUGAAGUAGCAGCCAUGUGCGGUGUAAACAUCGUCUGCUUUCAGGAGACCUGGACCAUGCCCUUUGCUUUCUGCACCCGCGAGAAAGAACCAUGGACAGAGUUCGCAGAGUCUGCUGAAGAAGGAAACACCACACGCUUCUGCCAAGAGCUGGCCAAAAAAUACAACAUGGUAGUUGUUUCUCCAAUUCUGGAGCGAGAAGAGCUGCGCAGCACUCUGUGGAACACAGCAGUAGUGAUCUCCAACUCUGGAAAUGUGCUGGGAAAGAGCAGGAAAAACCACAUUCCCAGGAUUGGAGACUUUAAUGAGUCUACAUAUUAUAUGGAGGGCGACACUGGCCACACAGUGUUCCAAACACAGUUUGGGAAGAUAGCUGUUAAUAUCUGCUACGGGCGCCAUCACCCUCUCAACUGGUUUAUGUACAGUAUGAAUGGAGCUGAGAUAAUCUUCAACCCCUCAGCUACUGUUGGAGCUCUCAGUGAGCCCAUGUGGCCUAUAGAGGCCAGGAAUGCAGCAAUAGCUAACCACUGUUUCACUUGUGCAAUCAACCGUGUUGGGACGGAACAUUUUAAAAGUGAAUUCACAUCUGGUGAUGGAAAAAAAGCUCACCAUGACUUUGGACACUUCUAUGGAUCCAGUUAUGUGGCUGCUCCUGACGGCAGCCGCACCCCGGGGCUCUCUAGGACCUGUGACGGACUACUGGUGGUGGAAAUGGAUCUCAACCUGAACAGACAAAUCAGCGAUAAAUGGAGUUUUAAGGUAAAUAUGACUGGGCGGUAUGCUGAGUACGCAGAGGAACUUACCAAGGCUGUCAGACAUGACUUCAAACCCAACAUAGUGAAGGAGUAAAUGAUAUUCCACUAUAGUCCAUAAAAGUAUGAAACACA